CUUGUUUCUUCAAGUCAAAACAGGACCGGCCCCACUGUUUACAUUCACAUUAGGCGUUUUGUUUGAUUCCAAAGCCCGGGUGUAUGUGCCAAAUCAUUGCGUUCCCAGAUGGCAGAUGACAACUUCGGAGCACGCGGUGUCGCAGAAGUACAAGCAAGGAAAUGAUACAACUGAACUUUACCAAGUUUUCAAAACCUCAACGACCCAGAAAGUUUCAACUCACGAAUUCAAGUUGUUCCAGCUUGAAUACUGCUUCGUCAAACCAGGAAGCUACAACAUCAUCAUCACUGUCAUCAAUGAGAAUCUAUGGCCAGGGUUUGCCACCUAUGGCUGCACAAUGACUUACAUAAAGCAAUAUGGAAAGUGUGGCGUGCUGACCCCAUACAAAGAUAUAUCUGGAUUGCCCGUGAAUGUUGUGCAGAUAAAUAUAAACGAACCAGCUGACUAUGGGCCAAUACAAGUCCUUGUGUUGGGUGAAGGGCAAUACAACCAAACUAACAAUUUCACAAUUGCUGCUCGUUUCCUUCAGCUACCAUGAUCCACAGAGAAGACAGCUCAGGAAGAGGCGGCUUUUAUCAACAUUU